UCACGGGGCUGUCUGAAGAAGUGCGUUUCCUUUUCUAGGGCCUGUGUGUUAAAGACAGCUGUAGCCCUUGGGUGUGCUGCGCUUCCGUAACGCUUAAAAACUGCUCGCUUCAGGCGGCUUUCAGUUUAUCGACUACUCUGGUCAGUAAUACGCCGCCACAUUUGUGCUUUUUUGGCUUAACCGUUUGGUUUCUUACACGCGCUGUUUGAAGCGCAUACAACCGCCGCUGUCUUAACGGUUUUUGGGGGUGUAUUUGUAUGCACAGACGAGCCGAUCAUCUUUUGUCUGCUCUGCAUUGAUGUUGAGGAAAGCUCUCUGGAAGAUCUGUUUUGCUGAAUGUGUGAAUGACCACGUCUGUAUCUUCUGUUGAUCAGAAGUUGACCCACACAUGGACUAAGUGGACAAGCCUAAAACAUCUCUAACUUUAAGGCAUUUGGACACCAAGGGCUGAUCAUCUAGGGAACGCAUAGGUUUUUGGCCAGUUCUGGCUACAGCUGUACGCCUCAGGCUCAGCUCUGAUGUUACCGGCUGAAACGGGUUGACUGUGAGAGGACGAUUUCCCUCGGAUAUGUCUACCUUUGAGACAAUCUGGCCUCCGGGCACCGAGUGUGUGGCCAGGUACAACUUCCCUGGAACGGCAGACCAGGACUUGCCUAUGAGCAAAGGAGAUGUCCUUACUAUAAUUGGAGUAACUAAGGAUCCAAACUGGUACAAAGCAAAAAACUCGGCAGGACGAGAGGGUACCAUACCAGCAAACUAUGUUCAGAAGAGAGAAGGAGUGAAGUCUGGCGGUAAACUGAGCCUAAUGCCAUGGUUCCAUGGAAAGAUCACGCGCGAGCAGGCCGAGGGGCUUCUCUACCCCCCAGAGACAGGCCUCUUCCUGGUGCGCGAGAGCACCAACUACCCCGGCGACUACACCCUGUGUGUCAGCUGCGACGGCAAGGUGGAGCAUUACCGCAUCAUCUACCACAACGGCAAACUGUCCAUCGAUGAGGAGGAGUACUUUGAAAACCUCAUGCAGCUCAUGGAGCACUACACUAAAGAUGCAGAUGGACUCUGUACCAGACUUAUCAAACCUAAACUCAUGGAGGGGACUGUGGCGGCCCAGGAUGAGUUCUCUAGGAGUGGCUGGGCUCUGAAUAGAAAAGAACUAAAGCUUAAUCAGACCAUUGGCAAGGGAGAGUUUGGAGAUGUGAUGGUUGGAGACUACAGAGGCAAGAAAGUAGCUGUGAAAUGUAUCAAAAAUGACGCGACAGCGCAGGCCUUUGUUGCAGAGGCUUCAGUCAUGACGCAGUUACGGCAUAAUAACUUGGUACAGUUGCUGGGAGUGAUUGUGGAAGAGAAGGGCAGCCUCUUCAUUGUCACUGAGUAUAUGGCCAAGGGUAGUCUAGUGGACUAUCUGCGCUCCAGAGGACGUACUGUUAUUGGUGGAGAUCGAUUGAUCAAUUUCUCAAUGGAUGUCUGCAAGGCGAUGGAAUAUCUCGAGGCCAGUAACUUCGUGCACAGGGAUCUGGCGGCUCGUAAUGUUCUAGUGUCAGAAGACAACAUAGCAAAAGUCAGCGACUUUGGCCUCACCAAGGAAGCGUCCUCAUCUCAAGAUACAGCCAAACUCCCGGUUAAGUGGACUUCACCUGAGGCCUUACGAGAGAAGAAGUUUUCCACUAAGUCAGAUGUAUGGAGCUAUGGCAUCUUACUGUGGGAGAUCUAUUCCUUUGGCAGGGUACCAUAUCCAAGAAUUCCUCUGAAGGAAGUUGUCCCGCGUGUAGAGAAGGGUUAUAAGAUGGACGCCCCCGACGUCUGCCCGGUCGUGGUGUAUGACAUCAUGAAGCAGUGCUGGACUCUGGACCCUGUGGUGCGGCCCAGCUUCAGAGAACUGAAAGAGAAACUUCAAGAUAUCAUAACCAAUGAGCUGUACCGAUAAAAGACAAAAACUAAAGGAAAAACACCGGAGGAAGACCUCCAUGGGACCAUUCUCAUACAAUCUGACCAAAAUCUACUCCUAAAGCAGUGGACUUUAAAAA